CUGUGCUCAAGCCAAUGCUCCUGCCUCAGUCUCCCUAAAUGCUGGGGUUACAGGGUGAGCCAUGGCACCUGGCCUGAGGUGUAUAUAUUUUUUAAAGGGAGAGGAGAUCCAGGAAGGCCUCUUUGAGGAAGUGAUAUUUGAGGAAAGACCUGGAAGGAGGUGAGGGAUGUGGGAAAGGGUGCUGGAGGCAAAAGCAACAACCCACACGAAAGCCCUGAGGCAGGGUGUGCGGGGCUAAGCAGGCACAGUCAUGUGUGUCUUUGAGGGACUCCUCUGUCCUGGCGUGUUAUGGGAACAGUGAAAAGGUCCGUGUGGCUGGAGCAGAGUGAGGAGAAGAAGGAGGGGAAGGUGGGGAGCAGAAGAGGCAGGUUAUGCAGGGCCUAGCGGGCUGCAGGAAGGGGACUUGGGCUUUGACCCUGGGCUCCCACCCCGGGGAAGGUGGGAGCCAUGGAGGGUGCUGGGCAGAGGAGGGGUAGAUCCUGGCUGGGAUGUUUAUGAUCACUUUUUAAUUUUUUCUCUCCACACACUGGGCUGUGGCUGCCCUUUGGGAAGGGGAGGGGCACCCAGAGCUCUCCCAGCCACCCUUGGGAAGCACUGGCUGGUAGGAGAGGUUGGGGGACACCCCCCCUUCUGUUCCCCCACUGUUUGGCAAACACAGUGUCGGCUCCAAGGAGACAGACGGCCUGGGAAUCAUCAGAUCCUGUGGCUGGACCCUCCCUCCUCCCAGCCCAGUGUCCAGAGCUACCCAUGGGGUCUGCCCUCUCACCCCCAAUAACACAGGGCUAGGAACCCUGUCUCAGGGGCAGGUAGGAGGGGGACACAGCCCAGGGUGGGCGUUACAGCCAUUCCUCUGCCCACCCACCCACAGACAGCCCAGCACAUAGGCUGGGCUCAGCACGAAGGUUCUGGGUCUGGGUUUGAAUCCCGUCCUCACCACCUCCUGGAACAGGAGGGUCUGGGUUUGAAUCCCGUCCUCACCACUUCCUGGAACAGGACGCCUCCUCCAGGGAGCCUCCCUGGGUUGGCCCAAGCCCCCCAGGCUGGGUUUCCACUCCUAUGGUGCCCCCAGCUUGGCUGGUGCUCCAUCUUGGUCUGCGUUUUGGCCCAAGUCCCUUCUGGAGAGUGAUGGGCUCCCCUCCACACUGAGGACACCCCCUGCUCCUUGCCGAGACUCCGAGACCCCGCUUCUGCCUGGGUAACGCGAAGGCAGCAUUUGUUCAGUGCAUGACCUCAUCUCACAGAGGCUCACAACCACUCUCUGUGUUGCUCCAUUGAGCCAAACGUGUAUUAAGCGCCAAAUGUAUGCCAGGCACUGUUCUGUGGGCGGAAGAGGGUGCCCUGUGGGAACCUGCAGGGAAGGUGUUCCAGGCAGAGGGCAGAGGGCACAGCCCGUGCAGAGGCCCUAAGGCAGGACCGUGCCAGGUGCGCUGGAGGCAUAGCGAGGAGGCCUGUGUGGCUGGGAUGAAGCAAGCGAAGGAGGAAGCUGGGGGAGAUGAGAGCAGAGAAGAAGCUGGACGUUACGGGAUGUGGUGCGGAGUACGAGAGAGAAAACUGAGGCAAAAAGAUGGUAACUGGCCAAGGCAUCCUGGUGCAGCAGGGAUUUGAACUACACCCACCUCGUGGAUGGAACUGGAGGCUCAGGGGCCCGGGAGGGGAGCCCAGCUGGCCUGUGAGCCACUCAGCCUGAUGCAAGCUGUGGGCAGGGAACAGGGGAAAGGUGCUGGGCCCGGGCCCACGCUGGGCUGGGCAGGUGGCCAUGUGACCGUCCAGGCCACCUCCCCCGGGCCCAUUGGCCGCCUGCCCCUGCUGGCUGGGCCUGCGCCUGCCCCGGACCCUAUAAGGCCAGGGAGCUGAGGGUAGAGCCAGCUGCCAGCCGGGCUGGUCCGUCCUCCAGGGGACCCCGUGCAGUCCAGGUGAGCGGGGCCGCGUCUGCUUCGGUGACACCAGGGUGAGGCCAGGCCUGCAGCUUCUCACGUUCUCACUAUGUCUGCUCCAGACGAAGGGAGACGGGAUCCCCCCAAACCGAAGGGCAAGACCCUGGGCAGCUUCUUUGGGUCCCUGCCUGGCUUCAGCUCUGCCCGGAACCUGGUGGCCAACGCACAUAGCUCAGCGAGAGCCCGGCCGGCCGCUGACCCCACAGGAGCGCCUGCUGCCGAGGCUGCCCAACCACAGGCUCAGGUGGCUGCCCACCCGGAGCAGACAGCCCCAUGGACGGAGAAGGAGCUGCAACCUUCGGAAAAGCAGAUGGUGUCCGGGGCCAAAGACCUGGUGUGUUCCAAGAUGUCCAGGGCCAAGGAUGCCGUGUCCUCCGGGGUGGCCAGCGUGGUGGAUGCGGCUAAGGGAGUGGUCCAGGGAGGCCUGGACACCACUCGGUCUGCACUCACGGGCACCAAGGAGGCGGUGUCCAGCGGGGUCACAGGGGCCAUGGACAUGGCUAAGGGGGCCGUCCAAGGGGGUCUGGACACCUCGAAGGCUGUCCUCACUGGCACCAAGGACACGGUGUCCACUGGGCUCACGGGGGCAGUGAAUGUGGCCAAAGGGACCGUACAGGCCGGUGUGGACACCACCAAGACUGUGCUGACUGGCACCAAAGACACAGUGACUACUGGGGUCAUGGGGGCAGUGAACUUGGCCAAAGGGACUGUCCAGACUGGCGUGGAAACCUCCAAGGCUGUGCUGACCGGCACUAAAGAUGCUGUGUCCACUGGGCUCACAGGGGCAGUGAAUGUGGCCAGAGGAAGCAUUCAGACCGGUGUGGACACCGGUAAGACUGUCCUAACAGGUACCAAGGACACCGUCUGUAGUGGGGUGACCAGUGCCAUGAAUGUGGCCAAAGGAACCAUCCAGACCGGCGUGGACACCAGUAAGACUGUCCUAACAGGUACCAAGGACACCGUCUGUAGUGGGGUGACCGGUGCCAUGAAUGUGGCCAAAGGAACCAUCCAGACCGGCGUGGACACCACCAAGACUGUCCUAACUGGCACUAAGGACACUGUCUGCAGUGGGGUGACCGGUGCCGUGAACUUGGCCAAAGGGGCCAUCCAGGGGGGCCUGGAUACCACCAAGUCUGUGGUCAUGGGUACGAAAGACACGGUGUCCACUGGGCUCACAGGGGCAGCGAAUGUGGCCAAGGGGGCCGUGCAAACUGGGCUGAACACAACCCAAAAUAUUGCAACAGGUACAAAGGACACUGUCUGCAGUGGGGUGACUGGUGCCAUGAACUUGGCCAGAGGAACCAUCCAGACAGGCGUGGACACCACCAAGACCGUUCUAACCGGUACCAAGGACACUGUCUGCAGUGGGGUCACUGGCGCUGCGAAUGUGGCCAAAGGGGCCGUCCAGGGGGGCCUGGACACUACAAAGUCUGUCCUGACUGGCACUAAAGAUGCUGUGUCCACUGGGCUCACAGGGGCUGUGAACGUGGCCAAAGGGACCAUCCAGACCGGCAUGGACACCACCAAGACUGUCCUAACCGGCACCAAGGACACCGUCUGCAGUGGGGUGACCAGUGCCGUGAACGUGGCCAAAGGGGCCGUCCAGGGGGGCCUGGACACCACCAAGUCUGUGGUCAUAGGUACAAAAGACACGGUGUCCACUGGGCUCACGGGGGCAGCGAAUGUGGCCAAGGGGGCUGUCCAGACAGGUGUAGACACAGCCAAGACCGUGCUGACCAGCACCAAGGACACAGUGACUACUGGGCUCGUGGGGGCAGUGAAUGUCGCCAAAGGGACCGUCCAGACAGGCAUGGACACCACCAAGACUGUCCUAACCGGUACCAAGGACACCGUCUACAGUGGGGUCACCAGUGCCGUGAACGUGGCCAAAGGGGCUGUGCAAACUGGGCUGAAAACGACCCAAAAUAUCGCGACAGGUACAAAGAACACCUUUGGCAGUGGGGUGACCGGUGCUGUGAAUGUGGCCAAAGGGGCCGCCCAGACAGGUGUACACACAGCCAAGACCGUGCUGACCGGUACCAAGGACACAGUCACUACUGGGCUCAUGGGGGCAGUGAAUGUCGCCAAAGGGACUGUCCAGACCGGUGUGGACACCACCAAGACUGUCCUAACCGGUACCAAGGACACCGUCUGCAGUGGGGUGACCGGUGCCGCGAAUGUGGCCAAAGGGGCCGUCCAAGGGGGCCUGGACACUACAAAGUCUGUCCUGACUGGCACUAAAGACACUGUGUCCACUGGGCUCACAGGGGCUGUGAAGUUGGCCAAAGGGACUGUCCAGACCGGCAUGGACACCACCAAGACCGUGCUGACCUGUACCAAGGACACCGUCUACAGUGGGGUGACCGGUGCUGCGAAUGUGGCCAAAGGGGCCGUCCAAGGGGGCCUGGACACUACAAAGUCUGUCCUGACUGGCACUAAAGAUGCUGUGUCCACUGGGCUCACAGGGGCUGUGAAGUUGACCAAAGGGACUGUCCAGACCGGCAUGGACACCACCAAGACCAUGCUGACCGGUACCAAGGACACUGUCUGCAGUGGGGUCACCGGUGCCGUGAACGUGGCCAAGGGGGCUGUGCAAACUGGGCUGAAAACGACCCAAAAUAUCGCAACAGGUACAAAGAACACCCUUGGCAGUGGGGUGACUGGUGCUGCGAAUGUGGCCAAAGGGGCCGUCCAGGGGGGCCUGGACACUACAAAGUCUGUCCUGACUGGCACUAAAGAUGCUGUGUCCACCGGGCUCACAGGGGCUGUGAACUUGGCCAAAGGGACUGUCCAGACCGGCAUGGACACCACCAAGACUGUGUUAACUGGUACCAAGGACACCGUCUGCAGUGGGGUGACCGGUGCUGUGAACGUGGCCAAGGGGGCCGUCCAGACGGGUGUAGACACGGCCAAGACCGUGCUGACCGGCACCAAGGACACAGUCACUACUGGGCUUAUGGGGGCAGUGAAUGUCGCCAAAGGGACCGUCCAGACCGGUGUGGACACCACCAAGACUGUCCUAACCAGUACCAAGGACACUGUCUGCAGUGGGGUGACCGGUGCUGCGAAUGUGGCCAAAGGGGCCGUCCAAGGGGGCCUGGACGCUACAAAGUCUGUCUUGACUGGCACUAAAGACACCGUAUCCACUGGGCUCACAGGGGCUGUGAACUUGGCCAAAGGGACUGUCCAGACCGGCGUGGACACCACCAAGACUGUCCUAACCGGUACCAAGGACACCGUCUGCAGUGAAGUUGCUGGUGCCAUGAAUGUGGCCAAAGGGACCGUCCAGACAGGUGUGGACACAGCCAAGACGGUGCUGAGUGGCGCUAAGGAUGCAGUGACUACUGGAGUCAUGGGGGCAGUGAAUGUGGCCAAAGGAACCGUGCAGACCGGCGUGGACACCUCUAAGGCUGUGCUCACGGGUACCAAGGACACUGUCUGCAGUGGGGUUACCGGUGCCAUGAGCAUGGCCAAAGGGGCCGUCCAGGGGGGCCUGGACACCACCAAGACAGUGCUGACCGGAACCAAAGAUGCAGUGUCCGCUGGGCUCAUGGGGUCAGGGAAUGUGGCGACAGGGGCCACCCACACUGGCCUCAGCACCUUCCAGAACUGGUUACCUAGUACCCCCGCCACCUCCUGGGGUGGACUCACCAGUUCCAGGACCACAGACAAUGGUGGGGAGCAGACUGCCCUGAGCCCCCAAGAGGCCCCGUUCUCUGGCAUCUCCACGCCCCCGGAUGUGCUCAGUGUAGGCCCGGAGCCUGCCUGGGAAGCUGCAGCCACUACCAAGGGCCUUGCGACUGACGUGGCGACGUUCACCCAAGGGGCCGCCCCAGGCAGGGAGGACACGGGGCUUUUGGCCACCACACACGGCCCCGAAGAAGCCCCACGCUUGGCAAUGCUGCAGAAUGAGUUGGAGGGGCUGGGGGACAUCUUCCACCCCAUGAAUGCGGAGGAGCAAGCUCAGCUGGCUGCCUCCCAGCCCGGGCCAAAGGUGCUGUCGGCGGAACAGGGGAGCUACUUCGUUCGUUUAGGUGACCUGGGUCCCAGCUUCCGCCAGCGGGCAUUUGAACACGCGGUGAGCCACCUGCAGCACAGCCAGUUCCAAGCCAGGGACACUCUGGCCCAGCUCCAGGACUGCUUCAGGCUGAUUGAAAAGGCCCAGCAGGCUCCAGAAGGGCAGCCAUGUCUGGACCAGGGCUCAGGUGCCAGUGCAGAGGACGCUGCUGUCCAGGAGGAGCGGGAUGCCGGGGUUCUGUCCAGGGUCUGCGGCCUUCUCCGGCAGCUGCACACGGCCUACAGUGGCCUGGCCUCCAGCCUCCAGGGCCUGCCCGCCAAGCUCCAGCAGCCAGUGGGGCGGGCACGGCACAGCCUCUGUGAGCUCUAUGGCAUCGUGGCCUCGGCCGGCUCUGUAGAGGAGCUGCCCGCAGAGCGGCUGGUGCAGAGCCACGAGGGUGUGCACCAGGCUUGGCAGGGGUUAGAGCAGCUGCUGGAGGGCCUACAGCACAAUCCCCCGCUCAGCUGGCUGGUAGGGCCCUUCGCCUUGCCCCCUGGCGGGCAGUAGCUGUAGGAGCCUGCAGGCCCGGCGUGGGGUCGCCCUGCUCUGUCCAGGGAGGAGCUGCCUCAGAACUUUCUCCCCGCCCCCAAACCUGGACCGGUUCCCUAAAGCCCUAGACCUUUGGGGCUGCAGCUGGCUGAGCGCCGAGGGGCUGCGGAGGCAGUGACCUUAACUGAGCCACCGCACGCCCUGCUCCGGGCCUGCCUGCAUCUCCCACCUCCUCCCCAGCGCUGCCUGCCCUCUCGGAGCCUGGGGUCACUCAGACCACCAGCCAAGAGCCUUCCCUUGAAGUCCCCAAGCAAGCACUGCAAUUAGGAAAGAGAAAAAGCAGCGUGCCCAGCCUGGAAGGGCAUCCGUUUGCCUCGCUAGCAACCCUUUUAUAUCUAGCAGGGCUCUUCCAGUCCUGCAGCACGGGCCCCCAGCUAUCAGCGGUGCAGGCAGUGCUGUGGCAUCCCAGGCUCUGGGCAGCUCUGUUCUCAUGCUGAAAGUGGGUCUCCGGCCUUAGCACACCUUGAGGGUCUUAAGAACCACAUUCCCUCAUAGUAGAAGGUACUAGAAAAAGCGACACUGCCAUCAUCAUCCCAAGGCAGGCUGCUACUGCCUUUGCUGACCCCCGGGGUGGCCUCACGGUGGGGACAAAGCUGCCAGGAGCCACAGCAGCCACAGCUGGGGCUUUGCACCAGCCUGGCUUGAGACUGAACAGUUUGCAGGGGGUGGGGGGUGCAAAAAACAAGCAAACAGGCUGCUUCUGCCUCCAGCCGCCCACCACAGGCCUGCCCCAGGCACCUGGGGCUCUGAGGCCCCUGGGGAGGCUGGGCCCAGCAGCUGCCCCUGGAGAACACAGACAAAGGACUUCCCCGCAGGGAACUGUGCCCUAUGGAGGGAUCAGACAGGGCUGGGAACAGCCACAGAGGCUGCGUGCCUAUGACACAGCCCCUCCUCCGCUGCACACUCCCCCUGGGUCCUCAGGCCCACCCAAGCGCCGGGCUGCAGAGGAAGCGGGGCUGGGGAGGCUGCAGGCAUCAGAGAGACUGGUGGUGGCGGACCCACCCGCCGGGCAAGGCCGCCGGGCCCCGUGCUCUCAGGCUAGCCCAGGUCGUGGAGCCUGGCAGGCUCAGGUCGGGUGUGAGACGUGCCGUGGCUGCGCUCAGUCCAGCGGGGAGGAGCCGUUCAGCCCGGCCUCCCCAGGAAGCCAUAUCCCCACUCGCCCGGUAAGAGAACCUUGCCGUCCCCUUUCCAUGCUCUCCUAGGACACGAGCCCAGGAACCCCAGACCCAGGGGGAGGAAGGGUGGAGGGGCCCCAGGGGUCACCGUGUGCACCAGGGGCCGUGAGGGGCCGGGGCAUUCAGCUCAGCUCUGAACCGGGGAAGCUGGCACGGCAGGGACAGCCUCGGGUGACGGGCCGUGAGAGGGGACGGGUCAGGAGCCUUCCCAAGCCUUCUCCUCAGCCCGACACCCAUGGCCAUCGGAGGCUAGGAUGCCAGACACAGCCAUUUGCAGAAAUCAGGCACAGUGACUGCAGCUCACGUCCAGCCAACCAAGCAUGGGGCCGCAGCUCAGGAAGUCCCUUCCCGCCACACCACAGCCUAAUUAUUUCUUACUGGGACGGAGGCAACUCGGCUACGCUGGGCAGGACGACAAACACGAGACGCCACUGUGGAAUGAGCAACUUCGGAGCACGGGGUGACUUGCUUGGGACCGUGCCCACGUGACAGCCCCUUAUGCAGAGGAGGAAAGAGAAGCCCCGAGUGGGAGGGGAACCUGUCCAAAGUCACACGGUGCAUGGGUGACACAGCUGGGGUGAGUCGAGGCUGGCCCCUGAGGCCCAUGCUCCCUGAACGCUGGAGACCACUGUCGGCUAGCAGCGGCCCUCAGGGAAGGCCUGGUCUCCCCCCUCCCAGCCUAGCCUCACGGACCCUCGCCCUCCCCACAUCUGACCUGCUCACCUGCCUGGACCCUGGGCUGCCAGAUGCAGGAAGCAUCAAACCCCCCAGGCUCGUGGGUGCGGGGCAGGGCCCAGGCAGCACAGCUUAGAUGCCCUGGUUUGUCCCUCUUGUCUCCUGCGAAGAGCUUGCUCCCGCCCAGCUCUCCUGCCACUGGCCUUUCAGGGUUGGGCUGGGCCCAGAGUGCCUUUUAGUCGCUUCUCACGGUGGCCCGAUGGCUCAACCCAGUCCCAAAUGGGCCCAGUGACACUGCCGACUGCUCCCCAGCUCAGGCCCCCACUGCACCAGCAAUGCUAGAAAACCAAGCCAAUAAAAGUGAUUUCUUUUUUCAUUAAAAAACCCUUUAUAGUCA